AUGGCAACCACAGGUAUGCAGUUGCUGGGCCUAGUCAUGUCCAUCGUGGGCUGGGUGAGCGGGAUGAUAGUCUGUGCCAUCCCCCUGUGGCGAGUCACUGCCUUCAUCGGUAACAACAUAGUAACGGCUCAGAUCAUCUGGGAAGGCCUGUGGAUGAAUUGCAUCGUGCAGAGCACGGGUCAGAUCCAGUGUAAGGUGUAUGAUAGCUUGCUGGCUCUACCCAGCGACAUGCAGGCAGCCCGAGGCCUCACUGUGCUCUCCAUCUUGUUGUGUGGCUUAGCUCUAGCCAUGGGGGUUGUAGGAGUCAAGUGCACCAAAUGCAUCGGUGUAAACAGCCUCAAGGCUCGCAUUGCUCGCAUCUCUGGUGCCCUUUUCGCCAUCGCAGGGUUCCUCUACCUUGUUCCCAUCUGCUGGACGGCCCACUCCAUCAUCAGGGAUUUCUACGAUCCACAUGUGGCAGCCCCGCACAAGCGUGAGCUGGGCCCUGCUCUGUACAUCGGCUGGGGGGCAUCGGCCUUGCUCCUCAUCGGCGGUUCUCUGCUCUAUGCUGGGUCGAGUCCCCCUGGCAUCCCAGGCUCCCCCACCUUCAGCAGUGGAGAAAGCAGUCCUCGCAGAGCACCUGCCACACAAGUCAAAGGUUAUGUUUAAGUUCCCAAAACGACCAAAUGCCUCUAUGUCCCAAAAAUACAACCUUGAUAUCUCUCUUCAGAUUUUGCUUUCUGUAAUUAUUUUAUAUUUAAUGUUAUUCCAGUUUGCUUUUUUCUCUGAAAAGCCACAGGAUGCUGUUUGGAGAAAAUUGAACUCAUUUCAUUAUUUCAUGACCAAUACUCUCCAGUAACCUUUUAUCUGUCUGCCAGUGUACAAUACAAUAAAAUGUCAUCCAAAUCCUCCUCUGAGGGAAA